UAUAAGCUCUCCUGGACCCUCGACCUGUCAUUCUGACCUCAGUGCAUCAUGAACGCGCACGGAGCUCUGCGCCUGCUCUGCUACCAGCUUCUGCUUCUUGGAGUAUUCGGAAAAUAUGAUAAUCACGCCACGAGGAGUACGUCACCCAGAAGCCACCGGCAUCACUUACCGACGUACAUGAUGCAGCUCUACCGACACUUCAAGCUCAACCAAACGCGUCCCGUGGAGAAUACAGAGCACGAGCAAGCGGACACCAUCAAGAGCAUCCUCUCCAAGAGUUUGACCAAUCAGGACACACACUACGUCACACACUUCGACCUUUCCUCGGUUCUCUCCGAGCGUCAGAUCCAUGCGGCGGAGCUGAGGAUUCGUAUUCCCAAAGAAACGCAGCGAUCGAACAUCACGGUGGAGAUCCGACACCAUCAGGACGAGUCCCUGGGUCAGCUGUCCGAUUCCUCUCUGAUGAGCGUCUCCCAUCACUGGAGGGUCUACAACGCCACAGACCUGCUCCUAAACUGGACCGGCCCCAAACUCUCUGAGAGGAGAGCAGCGAGACACGCUCUUCACGCUCUUCACUCCGCGAGGAAAGCUGUGGACGGGAUCCGACACAGAGCCAUGCUGCUGGUCUUCUCACACACCGUCUCUGGACAGAGCGAGCAGGACCGAGCCAGUCUCCUGCACACAGCCGAGACGUCCAAGUUCUUGUUUAACAGCGAAGGAAAGGAGGUGCGCAGAGUCAAGCCUCACAGGAGCAAGCGAGGCCGCAGGGGUCAGCCGAUGAGGAACCCAGAGCCACUCCGGGCCCCGGCGGAGAAGAGCUCCAUGUGCAGGAGAGUCGACAUGCAGGUGGACUUCAGUCAGAUCGGAUGGAGCUCCUGGAUCGUCUUCCCAAAGAAGUACAACGCGUACCGCUGCGAGGGGAGCUGCCCGAACCCUCUGAGCGAAGACCUUCAUCCCACCAACCACGCUUACAUGCAGAGUUUGCUGAAGUACUAUGAUCCCAGCAGAGUUCCUGCGGCCUGCUGCGCUCCGACCAGGACGAGUCCGCUCAGCAUGCUUUACUACGAGAACGGAGAGCUGCUCCUCCGACACCACGAGGACAUGCAGGUGGAGGAGUGCGGCUGUCUGUGACACCUCCACCCCAGCUCCAGAUCCAGCAAGAGUUUCCCAGCGUCCCGGGAACAGAUGAUGAACAUAAGAACAGAAGAUGCUCUUCAUUCGUCUUCUGGAAAAUCAGGAAUAUUACGAUCACUCCUAGAAACUGUUUACGACGGAUUAAAAAGAUCUCAAGCACUGUAUUUACAAUCACACCAUGUGGUAGAGAAACUAUGUAAAUAUUUAUUGUAAAUAAUACAUAAAUAAAGCCUUGAUAUUUAUGGGAAUAUAAUAU